UGGAAUGUGCAGUGUAUGUAUACAGUGUUCAAAUGUUGGAGUGGAUAGAAUUACAAUAAAUGCGAAGAAAGCAAAUAUACGUCGAAUUUGAAAAUGCCUGAAAGUAUUGCUGAUGAGGAAGACGACGAGAUCUACAAAAACUUACCAGAUUUCAAAUACGAUGACACGCUGAAAAAGCUUGAAAAUGCCAAUAAAGAAUUACAAGAUCGUAUUCGACAUCUAGAGAAGCAGUGGCAUGAAACAGCAGAAGAAAAUUUGAAAUUGAAAGAAGAGAAUCGCCAGUUACACGAAAAUAUUUCAUCUCUGCUCAAGACCGCCAAUAACGAAUUAAAGCGCAAGGAUCGAGUUAUUGAAGAACUCAGGAAAGAGAACAACCAGUUGAUUUUUCGACGCAAGAAAAUAUCACACAAAACAGAAGUAGAAUGCCAACAACACACUGAUGACACCAGAGUACAUCAGAAGCAGGAAUUGGCACACAAUUAUUCCAAUGUUCAGUGGCAUGAAGAAGGAUUACAUUUGAUUUCUGGCACAAGUAACAGGGUUACAGAUAUUGCUGAAGAUGCACGUGAUAUACUAAAAGCAGACAACAAUCUGCCUGACACUAACACUUGUUCAUCAAGCGUCAAUAAUGAAUUAAAUGAUGUGAGUAGUUUAGAAGGAGACUCCUCUGCCUCUUCAGAUAUCCUUCCUGUGGACUCAAUUCAAGACGAUUAUAGUACUUGGAAGGCUCGGAAGAAUGUGGUUGAGACUGUGUUCAGUGCACGAAUGAGAAAGCGACUGAAUGCUUCCACAGAAAAGAAUAAGAAAGAAAUAUUUGAUUCUACCAAUAACAAACAGUUACGUGUCUCAGGAAGUCAUGAUGAAAAGAUAAAUAGCAAUAAAGUGGAGAAUCACCCAAAUGAUGAUACAGUUAGGCAUAGUAAUCUUCAAGAACUUGAGGCCACAGAAACUGUGAAAGGAGCAGCUCAAAACAAAAAAAAAUCUAUUAAAGCAGGUAGUGUAGUUGAUGAAUUAGAAUCAAAUCCUUCUGGAUCUGUAGAAUUUCAUUCUGUGGAUGCAGAACAAGACCAUCAUUGUAGCACAAACAUUCAGAAGAAUGUGGUUGAGACUGUGUUCAGUGCACGAAUGAGAAAGCGGUUGAAUGCUUCGACAGAAAACAAUAAGAAAGAAAUAUAUGCUUCCACCAAUAAUAAACUGGUAUGUGUCUCAGGGAGUCAUGCUGAAAAGAUAAAUUGCAGUAAAGAUGAGAAACACCCAAAUAAUGAAAUAGCUAAGCACAAUAAUCUUCAAGAAUUCGAUGCCACAGAAACUGUGAAAGAACCUACUCAAAAUGAAGAACAAUCUGUUAAUGCAGGUAAUGUAGUUGGUGAAAUAGGAUCAAAUUCCUCUGGCUCUCUAGAAUUCGAUUCUGUGGAUUCAAAACUAGACCAUCAUUGUAGCACAAACAUUCAGAAGAAUGUGGUUAAGGCUGUUUCCAGUGAACAAAUGAGAAAGCAACUGAAUACUUCUGCGGAGAAAGUUGGUAAAGAAAUAGUUGUCUGCACAGGUACUAAACAGUCAUAUGAUUCCACAAUUGAUGAGGCCAAAAUAAGUAACAGUAAGGAGGAGAGACAGACUAAAAAUGACACAGCUGGACUUAAUACUCUUCAGAAGUUCGAGACCACAGAAUCUGAGAAAGCAGAAACACAAAAUGAAAGAAAAUCUGUGAAUUCUGGUAAUGUGAUUGAUGAAUUAGAAUUCCAUUCUGUGGAGGCAAAACAAGGUCAUCAUUGUACCACAGAUGUACAGAAUAAUGUGAUUGAGGCCGUUUUCAGUGAACAAAGGAAAAACCAAUUGCAUGUUUCUGCAGAAAAAAAUGAUAAAGAAAUACCAGCCUGCACAGGUACUGAGCAGUCAUAUGACUCUAGAAUUGGUGAGAUGAAGAUAAAUAGCAGUAAAGAGGAGAGAGACAUAAAUAAUGAAAUAGCUAGGCAUAAUACUCUUCAAGAGCUUGAGGCCUCAGAUGUUGUGAAAGAAGCAACCCAAAGUGAAAGAAAAUCUGUUAAUGCAGGAAAUAUAAUUGGUGAAUUAGGAUCAAAGUCUUUCCAAUCUGAGGAACUCCAUUCUGAGGAUGCCGAGCAAGAUCAUAAUUCUACCACAAAAGUUCAGAAGAAUGUGUUUGGGACUGUUUUCACUGAACAAGUGAGAAAGCAAUUGAACACUUCUACAGAGAAAGAUGAUAAAGACAUAUUUGUCUAUACAGGUACUAAACAGUCAUGUGCCUCUAAAAUUGAUGAGAUUAAGAUAAAUAGCAGUAAAGAGGAGAGAGAAACAGAUGAGACAUCUAGGCAUAAUGCUUGUCAGGUGCUUGGGGCCAAGGAAAUGGAGGUAGUAGCAACUCAAAAAGAAAGAGAGACUGUUAACGCAAGUAAUAUAAUUGGUAAACUAGAAUCAGAUUCCUCUGGAGCUAUAGAAUUACAUCUUGUGGAUGCAAAGCAAGACUAUUAUUGUACCACAAAUGGUCAGAAGAAUGUGGCCGAGACUGUGUUUAGUACACAAUUGAGGAAGCAGUUCAGUGCUUCCAUUGAGGUAGAAUGUAAUGAUAUUCUUGUCUAUACUGGUGCUAAACAGCCAUGUGACUCUCGGAAUUGUAAUGUGAAGGUAAACAGCAGUAAAAAAGAAAGAGAUGAAAAUAAUGAUUCAAGUGUGCAUAAUACUCAUAAAAAACUUGAGCACAUUGAAAAUUUGAAGGAAGUGUCUCAUAAUGAAAGAACUUUUCUUAAUGCAGAUAGUGUGUCUCGGGAAUUAAGUUCCUAUCAGUCUGUAGAAUUCCAAUUUGCGGGUGCAAAACAGGACCAUAAUUGUACCCCAGAGGUUCAAUAUGAAGGGACUGAGACGGUGCCCAUUAUGCAAUUGAAAAAGCAUUUAAAUGCAUCCAAAGAGAAGGAUGAUCAAGAAACACUUGCUUAUGCACGUACUAAACAACCAGAUGCCUCUGGAAGUCACGAUGACAACAUUAUCGUCAAUGAGGGGGAAGGAGACAUAAAUGAUGCUACAGAUAAGCUUGAGACUGUUCAGAAGUUUGAGAAUACCACGGAUGUGAAAGAAGUAGCUCUAAAUGAAAGAAAAUUUGCUGAUGCAAUUAAUAUUCUAGAAGAAACAUCAUUUGGCAGUCCAGAUCUUGAUAAUGGUAGUAAAGAUUCAAGACCUGAACAUGUUAAUGCAAGAACUUCUCCUAAUGAACAGUGUAGUUACAGUUUUCAUUCUAAAAAAUACCAUUCUCAUGUAUCAGAUAUUGGAUCUCACAACCCUGCCAUUCAAAAUUGCCAUAGAUCAAGCUCUCAAAGCUCUUCUACAAAAAGUUCAUCAGUUGAUUCCUGUGUGAUACAGUCAGAAGAACGCGAAAAUGCACAGAAGUCUUCACUGAGAGAGAGUACAAAACACGCAAAACAGGAUGUAAAAACAAAUUAUCAUAUUAGAGCGAAACAAACGGAACUUAGGCCUAAGACAUCUCCCAGUGUAAGAGUUGCAAACAGUGUAAAAUCAAAGUAUUCACGAUCAAGAUCGAAAACUCCAUUUGACAGCUCACGUUUCAAAAUUCCAAAACUAUCAUCAAAGCAGAAGGUGCGUGUUGAGAGAUCUUCUGUGUUAGAGCAAAUUGACAGUGAGUCUGACAGUGCGCGAACAAGGUACUCCAGACAAUAUUCAGCCCAUAAUAGCCAUAAAUCUUAUACAUCUUACAGUAGCCAUUCACGUGUGAGACAAUCAUUUAGAGAUAGUCAGCAUUACACAGACCAUCGAAAAUAUAAGCAUCGUGACUCUUCACCUGUUCGAGGGCGGUCCUCAUCUCGUUCCAGGCACGAAAGGAGGCAUGGCAGUGCAAAAUUUCGUGAUAAAGACAAGAGGCAUAUUGCAACUAGACACCAAAAUGUAUCUAAAAGGUCUGAUUCAACUAGAAUGGAAACUGCUAAUGAUUUGUUGAAAAAGAAAAUGUACAUUGUAGAGGCAGAAAAAGUUAUACACAAUCAGAAGCAGUCUCGAAAUGUAGAUUUCUCAUUGGACGAUUACAGAAGAGAGAUAGUCACUGGCAAAAGUGGCACAACCAGUUCUAUUCUGGGAGAUGAUAAACAUUGUAAACACUCUCAGAUGAUACCUGAAUAUCGGAAAGUGACAGCUGAAAAUUAUAAUGAAAGGAAAACACAAAGAAUGGAAACAGAGGAUCUUAAUACUUCGAAGGGAUAUGAAUAUAAAUUAAAGAAGAUUACAUUUGAGAACAAGGAAUGUAGAAAACCUGUUUUAGAUUUGUGCCGUAGGUUAGUUUCUAAUUCAAGUUCCAAAUUGGAUAAAAUCCCAGACACUCCGGAACUAUUUCAUGCUGCAACAAAUGAACCAAAUCCACUUUGGAGCUCAGACAGUGCUCUCCGUCCCGCUGAAGAACAAAGGAAAGAAAAUAUUGUGCCAACCUCUGAUGCACAGAGUGUCAUUAGUCAGGCAUCAAAUGACACUGAAGGUAAACUGAAGAGAGUCUGUAAUUCAGCAGUGUUUAAAACAGAUGGUGUUUCUGUUAGCAUAUUCCGUGAAACAUGCGAUUUUAGUACAUCACGAAAAAGGAAGUCUGUUGUGAUACGUUCUAAGAGAACUUCUGGAUCCUGUGAUGUAGACUCUCCUGAGGAAAAAAGACAAAGACUGAGUAAUAAUGACAAAAUAAUUGUUGCUACAACUACUGCUUCAGUAAGGACAGUACUUGAUGGCACUGUUACCAAGAGUGAGCAGACAGUUGUGGAGAAAACUGCCUCUGUUGAAACUAAUGUCAUUUCUCCUGUACAAAGUUUCAUUGGUGGAUCAAGGACAGAGAGAGUGCAGAACAUUAGUUGCACCACGGAUAAACAACACGCAUCAGUUAAUGAUUUAGGUAAGCUUGAUCAUAAACUUGAUCUAGAAGAUGUUAAAACUCACAAGGAAAAAGCUAGUAAUACUGCACUUCAUUCAGAACAUGUUUCAGAAAUUAAAAAUCCAGUGUCAGUCUGUAAUAAUUCUACCACUGUUUCUGCUCCAUCAUUAAAUGUAGAAAGCAGUGUGGCUGGUAAAGUUGGUUGCAUCCUGCAGGAUGUUCCAUUGGCUAAGGUGUCUGCUAAUGAAGAAGGCUUGCUCUGUUCCAUGAAAGACUUUGCAGAUCACCAUGAACUGAGAUUUACAAAUUUGAGAGUUGAACGGCCAGAAAAAAGAGAACUUGUGAGUGAAAGAAAGAGCAGAAGGGAAACAAGAAUUGAGGAUAUGAGGGAAGAACUAGAGGAAGGAGAAAUUUUAGAUGGUAGUCCUUUGAAAACUUCCCCUGCAGUGUCAAAAUUUUCUGAACCAGUGCACAACAUGACAUCAGAGCCGUCAUGUCAUAGAAAUAUUAAUCCCAUUUCAUGUAGCAAGCCUUCUCUGUUGGCUAAAGAACGGCAACAUGAUACGUAUGAAAGACAAGAGAUUGCUGACUUUGAAACCAGCAAUAGGUAUAAAGUCUUAGAGAAGUUUCAGAAUAAUGACUCUGAAGAGUCAGGUGGAGCAAGGAAACAAUCAUCCCAGUGUACAAAGGCUAGGGAAGUAAAAGAUAGUGUUACUAUGAACAAAAAGACAGAGGAUAUUGAAUCAGUUCUCUUGGGUGCAAAAUUUGAAAAAGAAAGUUGUGGCACAAAUAAUAUUACAUGUAAUGCUGAUAAUAAGGAUUUCUUUGAGAAAAGAGAGCUCGUAAAUCAUCAAGUUACUGAUAGCGUAAUUUCUAGUGAGGUAUCAAAAAGUGUUUGUUUGUGUAGUAAUGCUUGUCAGUGUACAGAAAGUAACAAACAGUCAGACAAUCGUUCGGAUGGAAAUGAAAUGAAAUGUAAAGGUGAAGUACAAUCUUCUAGUAAUCCUAAAUCUUUGAAAGAUGGUUUUUCUCUGUGUGACAAGGAGGCAACUGUCUCAGAAGAUGUAAAUUUUUCUUUGCAUGUCGAACCUGAAGAGAUCUGUAAACAAAUUGACGAGAGAAAAUCUGAUAAAAAGAAUGAAACAGUUAAAACAAAACUAGCUAGUAGCUGCACUCAAGCAUUAUCAAGAGGUGAUACUGUUGUGAAGGAUGUGGAUGUUAGUAACAGACAGAAGCCAGAAAUUGAGAACUCACUUGUAAGUGGCAUUAGUGUGCACAAAGACACUCAGCGUAAGUCGUAUCAGAAACUACAUUCAGAAAGCAAUAAAAAAACCAGUGAGGCAAGUAAACAUACCAGUGUACAAGACACUGGUGCUCCAUUGAGUUCUAAGCUAGUUUCCCCUCCUAGGCGGAAAAAGAAUGCGAGAAUGACAAUCUCAACAUCACAAAGUUCACUACAGUCAGAAAUUUUAAUGGCAAAUUUACUGCAGACUCAUUCACCUUAUAAAGUUGGUAUUCAUGAUGAAUUUGUUCCCUUAAGUACCAAGUACAGUGAAGAAAUUGCAAGUGGUGCUAGCUGUGAUAAUGAUAAUGAAUCACUAAAUUGUAACUCAAGCAAAAGUGCAAUAAAUAUGCAGUCAGGUGAUAAACACAACAGUAAAAGUCAAAGAAUCACAAGAUCUAAAACAACUAGGUUGUCUUCUCCUGGCUGCAGGCCAGAUGAAAGAAACUGCAAUUCCAAAAAGAGUUUAAAAUCAUCCAAGAAGAAAUUGCAAAAAUUGAUGAAUUUUGAAAAUGAACAAAUUAAACUUGAAGAGGGGUCAUGUAAAAUGAGACCACAGCUUUGUCAGUCAGAGCUACAAGACACUGAUCUUAUAUGCAGCUAUAUUGCUGUGGAUGAUCUUAAUGUUAGUACACAUCUUGGAAAUGAAACAACAUGUGUGCAUACUUUUGGAGAACUGAAGAGUGGUAAUUUUCAGGUAGAAAAUGACAACAGGAAAGGUGAAGCUGGACUACAGGAAAUUUCAGAGGGGACUAUAAAUCAAAGAAGACAGACUUUAGGGAAAGAUAGUAUGGAAAUGGCUGCUGAUGGUUAUGCAGAGGGUAGAGGAGGAAAGGAACCCCUCUCUGGUGAAGAACUGCUGAAAAUACUGGAAGGCUCAUUUGAAAAUGAAAGUGGUGGAAGUGAAAAUGUAGCAAAGGAAUCUGACAGUCUGCAACUGGAAAAUGCUGUGAUGUCAUGUCCACAGCAGUCUGAAAUAAUUACCAGUACAAAUUUACCAAGUGCUACAAAUAAAAAGAAUAUAAUUGUACGGCGCCGAUCUAGGAAAUGUAUUCUUGAAGAGGCUCCAAUGAAAUUCAUCACAAUUAAGCCACGUGAUGAUACCAAUCCAUCUGGUUUAAUUGGAAGUUCAGUUGCCAUCACUGCUGAUGAACCCCAUACCAAUAACAGCUCUCCUGUUGGGCUGCUGCUGCUGGUGGUUGCUGUUUUCUAUGGAAAAAGUCUCUUAUAG